AUGGAAAACUUAAAAUAUCGCAUUAUUUACGAGUACGAGUUCCGCCGUGGCACUAGUGCUGCGGAAACGACUCGAAGGGUGAAUGAUGUGUAUGGCGGUCGUGUUGCAAAAGAAAACACAGUUCGUUUUUGGUUCCAACGUUUUCGUUCUGGAAAUUUCGAUCUGCAGAACAAGCCCCGUGGACGGCCUGAGACUCGAGUUGAUAAUGAAGAGUUGAAGGCUAUUGUGGAAGCGGAUCCAUCGCAAACCACGUCCGAGUUAGCUGCAGGCUGCGAUGUUAGUGAUAAAACUAUUUUAAUUCACUUGAAGCAAAUUGGGAAGAUUAAAAAGCUUGAAAGGUGGGUACCUCACGAAUUGACUGAAGCAAACCGGCAAACGGGCGUCGACUGUUGCGUUACAUUACUAAACCGGCACAAUAAUGAAGGUAUUUUAAACCGAAUCAUUACCUGUGAUGAAAAAUGGGUUCUUUACGAUAAUCGGAAGCGCUCAGCGCAAUGGUUGGAUCCUGGCCAGCCAGCCAAAUCCUGCCCCAAGCGAAAAUUAACCCCAAAAAAGUUACUUGUAAGAGUUUGGUGGACUAGUGCCGGUAUUGUUCAUUACAGUUUUCUCAAAUCUGGCCAGACUAUUACGGCUGAUGUCUAUUGUCAGCAAUUGCAAGCCAUGAUGGAAAAGCUAGCGGCUAAACAACCUAGGCUGGUCAAUCGCUCCACGCCACUGCUGCUUCACGACAACGCUAGACCACACACUGCGCAACAGACGGCUACUAAAUUAGAAGAGCUUCAAUUGGAAAGUCUAAGACAUCCUCCGUACUCCCCGGACCUUGCUCCAACAGAUUACCAUUUUUUUCGAAAUUUGGAUAACUUCUUGCAAGGGAAAAAAUUCAACUCCGAUGGGGCAGUCCAAAUCGCCUUCAAAGAUUUUAUUGAUUCCCGUCCGACGGGUUUUUUUAGUAAAGGGAUCAAUGAACUACCUAUGAGAUGGCAAAAGUGCAUAGAAAAUAAUGGUUCAUACUUUGAUUAA